UCUUCUCCAAGACAUCGCCAGGAGCGAUUCGCGUCGUCACCAUCAUAUAAUCCGGAAAAGGGAGAGGCAUUACUACUUACAAAAUCCUUGGGUACAAGGAGGAGGAAGAGGAGAAAACGCAGUACUAGAAGAAAACCUAAACGAGAAGAAGAUAGAAUGGCAGAAAACAAGGAAGUUGUGCCUCCCAAGUACGACGUUAACGCCAAAUGGGACGCAUGUCUUGAUCUGACGAUCCGCCGAUUCGUUUACUCCUCCGCGGCUGGGACGUUUGGCGGUCUCCUACUAUUCAGGAGUCCGGUGACUCGCUGGGCAUCUGUAGCUUUUGGUGCUGGAGUGGGCCUAGGAUCUGCAUAUACAGAGUGUUCUCGCAUUUUUGAUGGAUCUCCUGCAAUGUUGGCACCUCCUAAGAUUGAAGAUUCUCCUGCGAAGUCGGAACCUCCUAAGAUUGAAGAUUCUCCUGCAAAGUUGGCACCUCCUGAGACUGUAGAUUCUCAUUCUCCUCAGGAUAAGCAGGACUGAGAAUCUACAUGAUUGAAGCUACCAUCAAGCUGCUUGGCAUGGCAAAACAGAGAUUUCUGUUUGAGAUUGUUGUUGCCCUUUUCCUUGGGAGAUGGUUUUUGAUUUUGUAUUACUGUUAUGGUUUAUGAUGGAUAAACAAUUAACUUGGCCUACCUUGAAUUUGUUACAAAUUUAAUUACACUCCUGUCCUAUACUGUAAUUCUACCCUUGAGUGAAAUUAAGCAGGGAAAACUUGGAGGA